AAUUUUCGCGCCGUCGCAGAGCGCCCCCUCCCUCGCAGGCGCUGGUGCCAACUGCCGUCGCGGCCCGCGCUCCCCGCCCCACCGCCGCCGCGGGUGCCCCGCGCUGCGCACUCACUGUCUAGGUAGUGCUCCAGAUGUCUCCUCUACUUCUGUGUCGCCCCGCCGCCUAGAGUGGCACCAGCGGCGGCGCGGCGUGUUGCUCGCCCUGUGAUUGGUCGGAGGCGGCCGGAAGGGCGGGGCGGGCAGGCUCGGCGGCAGGCGUUAUGGCGGGACGGCGUGGGGCGCUUAUCGUGCUGGAGGGGGUGGAUCGGGCUGGCAAGAGUACGCAGGGCCGCCGGCUGGUGGAGGCACUGCGGGCCACCGGCCACCGUGCCGACCUACUGUGUUUCCCAGAGAGAACAACCGAGAUCGGGCGGCUGAUCAGCUCGUACCUAGAGAAGGAGAAGAACCUGGAAGAUCACACAGUUCAUCUGCUUUUCUCAGCUAACCGCUGGGAACACGUGCCAUUAAUGAAAGACAAAUUACAUCAAGGAAUCACGCUUGUAGUAGACAGAUAUGCCUUUUCUGGAGUGGCCUUCACAAGUGCGAAGCAGAACUUCUGCCUGGACUGGUGCAAACAACCUGAUGUUGGACUACCAAAGCCAGAUUUGAUUCUGUUUCUUGAAUUAAGCCCAGCGGAAGCAGCAGCACGAGGGAACUUUGGAAAUGAACGUUAUGAGAACAGCUCCUUCCAAAAGAAAGUUCUACAGUCCUUCUAUCAUCUGAUGAAGGACAAGACAUUAAACUGGAAGAUAAUGGAUGCUUCAAAGAACAUAGAAGACUUGCACAGAGAAAUUAAGUCCGUUGCAGAGGAAACCAUAAAGGACAUUCAGAAUAAACCUCUGGGAGAACUCUGGAAAUGAAACCUGAUACAAAGUAUUAUCUUCUAGACCUAAGAGACCUCCUGGAUCUUCCAUGGUUGGAUGACUUCCCUGCAUCACCUCCCACUAACUACAGUGCAGAUCACUUGUAUUCUUCUGUAUCCCAUAUGGUGCUGGAAUCCUUGUGCUUCUAUCUGAUUCUCCUCUCCAUUCUGUAUUGUCUCUUCUGUACUUAUAAAUGAUCAUGUUAUGUUUCCUUGUGAAAACCUCCCUACCUCAGGUAGGAUCUCUUGUUCUGUUCUCAGCAGUGCUCAGUGCUAUAGUACAGAUAAGGGUACUAAGCCCAAAGCUCUUCCUGGGACAUGGAUAGCAGCAACAGUUGGGGAACAGCUUUCUUGUAUGUGAAGUUUCAGAAAAAUACUGGUUUUGAUUCUUCUAUCUCUUUAAUGUAUCCCCUGUGCUAAAACCAGUUUAUAGAGGACUUGCUAAUAAAUUAUUUUAAAUGUUUUGUACAGUAGCAAAAGUAUAUUUUUGAAAAUGAUCCUUCUUCUAGAAGGAUAUAUGGGAGAUAAAAGUGCAGUGGUUCAGGCACUAAAUCCAGAGAGUUAUGUUUGCUAAAACUGCAGAAUGAGUGGAAGAGAGAUUAAUUCAUCUCUAUAUCUGCUCCCCAGUUGUUCAAUGAGAACGAUAGGGACUGAGUUGCUGUUAGCAAGAACAAAAUAAUAAGUAGUAAUAAACAGAGAUAUUAGCUCCUAGCAAGACUAGCUCAAAGGGUGAGUUCCACCCAACUGACUUCAGAUGAUAAAGUUACUCAUGUAGCCAAGAUCAGAGAAAUAGUUAGAAGUGACAUCUAGAAGGACUAAAAGUGCGAUUUAAACAGCCCAAAACAGGCUGUGAAAUAAGAGCACCUUGCUAACUUUCUCAUGCUGUACCAUUCUGAUUAUUUAAUGUAAGUGAUGCUUCUAAGAUAACCUGUUUUGUUACAAUAAAGCUCUGAUUUAAAAAAUUAAAA